AUGAAUAUGGCUACCAUCAAGGCCAUAGAGGCCCGUUCGGUUCAUCAAAUUCAGUCAGGCCAGGUUAUUGUUGAUCUCUGCUCUGUCGUGAAGGAGCUUGUGGAGAAUAGUCUCGAUGCCGGCGCGACUUCGAUAGAUGUUCGGUUUAAAAAUAAUGGACUGGACUUGAUCGAGGUACAAGAUAAUGGGAGUGGGAUUGCUCCGGAUAAUUAUGAGAACGUCGCACUUAAACAUUACACCUCUAAACUCUCCUCGUUCGAUGACCUUUCUCGACUUCAGACGUUUGGGUUUCGAGGCGAAGCGCUUUCUUCGCUUUGCGCACUCUCCGAAUUCCGUAUCGUCACUGCCCAAGCUCACCAGGUACCAAAGGCGAAUAGACUGGAAUUUGAAACAUCGGGGAAGCUGAAAAGCACACAUGUCGUCGCGGGACAGAAGGGUACAACAGCGUCCGUGGAAGGUCUCUUCAAAAGACUCCCGGUUCGACGGAAGGAGCUGGAAAAGAAUAUCAAGCGGGAAUACGGGAAGGUCUUGAACCUGCUGCAUGCGUACGCUUGCAUUAGUACUGGUAUUCGAUUCAGCGCCAAAAGUACCUUGGGGAAAAACCGGAAUGUUGUCGUUUUCGCGACAAAUAGAAACCAGACUACCAAAGAGAAUAUUGCAAAUGUAUACGGCGCGAAGACUUUGUCGGCGUUGAUACCUCUUGACUUGACUUUGAGGUUUGAUCCUUCCCCAGUGACAGUGAAGAGGGCCGCUGGGGGUGAGGACGAUGAGUCCAAUAAGAUCCUCGUCCGGGGCCAUAUAUCGCGGCCUGUAUUCGGAGAAGGAAGACAGACGCCUGACCGCCAGAUGUUCUUCGUGAAUUCUCGGCCGUGCAGCUUGCCGCAAAUUGCGAAGGCAUUCAAUGAGGUUUACAAAUCAUAUAACGUCUCGCAGUCUCCGUUCAUAUUUGCAGACUUUCAUAUGGAUACUAACGCGUAUGAUGUCAAUGUGUCGCCGGACAAGCGGACGAUUUUGCUACAUGAUGCUGGAGCUUUGAUUGAGUCGCUCAAAGAAUCUCUUACACGACUGUUUGAAAAUGCGGACCAGACCGUUCCUCAAUCGCAAGUUUUGGCAUCGAAACAACCCGGGAUUAAGCAGCAUUUUCGAGACGGACUCCAGGUCCGCAUGUCGUCUACCGAGAAGGGUUCAGGAUUAGAUGCAGAUGAAGAACCAGAAGGGGGCCCCUCUUCCAUUAAUGAAGAGAAGACAACAAUGCCACGUCCCCGGGGAAAACUGGCAAGCUUCUUGAGUGGACUCAGCAGCCAUGCAGAAGCAUCUUCCUCUCCCGCUCCUAGCAGCUUAUCGACUCAAGACGUGCGGGAUACAUCAUCGGCGGCUCCCAUUCAGACAUCUGAGGUGGCCGAGUCAAGUCGUCAGAUCAUCCCCUCAAGCAAUGGCGCAGAUCCUGAAACAGAGAGAAAUGAAGAAAUACCCGCGGAGAGUGUGGCAGAGGUAGACACUCUCCCUGCUUCUUCCAGCAGGAGUCCCCCGAGUUCCACUCCCGACGAACAGCGGAUUCGUUCUCUUGAAACGAGCAGUCCUGCGGAAACACCAAAUACCAUUCAGAAUGCAUUUGAUCGGAUGCGGCCUAGGCGGGUACCAGCUGAAGUUGCCACCAUCACCGUUGGUAACCGAACUGUUACCUCCAUCGUUGGGAGCGGUAUCCCUAGGAAGAGGGAUGUAGGAUCUAGUGGCUCUCCUGCCAGUGGGACUCGACCGCCGAAACGACGAAUACAUACGCCGUCUCGUCCAAAUAUAUUUGGUCAGCAUAUGAAGGCGUUUGCAGCCCCGGGAUCACAGUUGGCGGAGGCUUUGAACAGUGAUGCUGAGGAAAUGGAUGAAAUCGAGGACGAGGACGAGGCUGAGAGUUCUGUGUCUCAGUCAUCGUCGGGUGUACCAGGUAGCCCUUCACACGAUGUUACGCAGGACAGAGGCCCACUUAACAAUUUCGAAGGUGGUGAUGAAAUAGAAACGGAUGAUACGAAGCAAGCGACUGCUGCUCCAGAUGCAAACGACAUCAACGAGGAGGAGAAAAGGGCUGAGGAAGAGGCAAGAGUCCAGAAACUUAUUUACGAUGCCGAGCAGACUGCCGUAUUAUCACAGGAUAACAGCAUGAGCCGUGUGAAUAAACUCAACAAAGGUGCUAUUCACCGUGAUUCCACGGUUAACCUGAUCAGCACUGUGGACGGGUCGGUUUCUAGGAUUGAGCGCCAGUUGGAAGAACUGCGGGAUAGCCUCCACUCAUAUUCCAUGGGCAAAUGCGGGAGUGAAAAUGAGGCAGAUGGGGCGAUGCUCGCCCAGGGAACAGCGGAAGAUCGUCUCUCUCUUACGGUCACGAAACAAGAUUUUGACCGAAUGCGCAUCAUCGGGCAAUUCAACUUGGGUUUCAUCCUUGCCACACGGCCAGCGGAAAGUACAAAAGGUCAGGACGAGCUCUUCAUCAUCGACCAGCACGCAUCAGACGAGAAGUUCAACUUCGAGCGUUUCCAGACAGAAACCAUAAUCCAGAACCAGCGACUCGUCCAGCCUAAAACCCUUGACCUCACGGCCGUGGAAGAGGAGAUCGUCCUGGAGAACCAAGCGGCACUGGAAAAGAACGGGUUCGUCGUGCAAAUCAAUGACAGCGGAGACGUGCCCAUUGGGCAACGAUGUAAACUCGUCUCCCUACCUCUUAGCAAGGAGGUAGUCUUUGGCAUUCGUGAUUUGGAGGAGUUGAUCGUCUUACUGUCUGAGACGCCUUCUACUGCAACCCAGUCUGCUUCCAACAACGCCUAUACCCCUCGACCGAGUAAAGUGCAGAAGAUGUUUGCGAUGCGUGCAUGCCGGUCGAGUAUUAUGAUCGGGAAGACGUUGACGCACAAGCAGAUGGAGAAGGUGGUUAGGAAUAUGGGGACGAUUGACAAGCCGUGGAAUUGUCCGCAUGGACGACCUACGAUGAGGCAUUUGGUUAGUUUGGGGGAGUGGAGGGAAUGGGAUGAGUGGAGUGAAUCUGGGGAUGGCGAUGACGAUGACGAUGGUGAUGGUGACGGACUUGGUAUCUGGCGGAGAUAUUUUAGAGAAGCGGAUGAACUGGACGAAUCUGAGGAAGAGCAGGACAGCGAAGAUGGUCCUGGAUAG